AUUGUUCGCAGCAAGCAACAUACCAUCAAGAUGGAUCCCUCCGUUCUCGAUGCGCUAAACUACACCAUUAAAGUGCCAUACAAUGGCACUGACAUGACUGGAGGCGACUCCUUGAAUGCCGAUCUCAACAUCUUCUACGAUGCCGGUGAUAUCGCAUGGAUGAUCACGUCUACAGCACUUGUGCUUCUCAUGAUUCCAGGUGUCGGCUUCUUCUAUUCUGGUCUGGCCCGUAGGAAGUCUGCCCUAUCCCUCAUAUGGCUCUCCAUCAUGGCCACGGCCGUCGUCUCCUUCCAAUGGUUCUUCUGGGGUUACUCUCUCGCCUUCUCCCACACCGCCGGCAAGUACAUUGGCGACCUGGAGAACAUCGGCUUCCGGAAUGUUCUUGCUGCUCCCUCGGUCGGCUCGUCUAAGAUCCCCGAUCUCAUGUUUGCCGUCUACCAGGGUAUGUUCGCAGCCAUCACUGUCGCACUAGCUGUUGGAGCCGUGGCCGAGAGAGGUCGCAUGCUCCCAUGUGUGGUUUUCAUGUUUGUCUGGUCUACUAUCAUCUAUGAUCCUAUUGCAUGCUGGACAUGGAAUCCUUCCGGAUGGGUUUUCAAGAUGGGAGGUCUAGAUUUCGCUGGUGGAACCCCGGUGCAUAUUUCUUCGGGAUGCGCUGCCCUCGCAUACUCUGUCAUGCUGGGCAAGCGUCGUGGCCACGGUACUCAUGAGCUUAACUAUCGCCCACAUAACGUGACACACAUUGUUAUUGGCACUGUUUUCCUCUGGGUCGGAUGGUUCGGUUUCAAUGCCGGUUCAGCUCUCGCAGCCAACAUGCGCGCCGUCAUGGCUGCCGUGGUCACCAACCUCGCGGCAUGCGUUGGCGGUAUCACCUGGUGUGUGCUGGACUACCGUCUCGAGCGUAAAUGGUCAACCGUCGGCUUCUGCUCCGGUGUCAUCGCAGGUCUCGUCGCCAUCACGCCCGGUUCCGGUUUCGUGCCCGCCUGGGCAGCAGUCAUUUACGGUGUCGUGGGCGCAGCAGGAGCCAACUACGCCACGAAGCUCAAGUUCGUCCUGGGCAUUGACGACGCACUCGACAUCUUCGCUGAGCACGCGGUCGGCGGGCUCAUCGGCAACAUCCUCACCGCUUUCUUCGCCGCAGACUACAUAGCGCAUCUCGACGGCUUCAGCGUCAUCUCCGGCGGCUGGCUCAACCACCACUGGGUGCAACUCGGGUACCAGCUCGCGGAUUCCGUGUCCGGGGGCGUCUACUCGUUCGGCGGCACCUGCCUGAUCCUCUUCGUCAUGAACCUGAUCCCCGGCCUAUCGCUGCGCGCCUCGGAAGAAGCAGAGAUCCUCGGUAUCGACGAUGCGGAGAUUGGCGAGUUCGCGUACGACUAUGUUGAGUUGACGCGCGAGGUGCUGAACGAUAUGGAGGAUGCCGAGAGCAAGUACUCUGCCUCGCACCCGCAGCACGCCCACGUGCACGAGAAGCUCUCUUCGCCAUCCCGGGAACAUGUGCCUGGCCAUGAUAUCGAAGCCCAAUAG